AUGUCUUCCGAGGCAGCCAACCUCAAGUACAUGGAGUUUGACGAAACCUCCGACCAAGUUUUCAUCCUCAGCCGAUACUCAAGGCGACGUAACAGCGAUCUCCAGCGCUUUGCGACCACAGAUCUCAGGGAGAUAUUCCCAGUCACACCAGGAGCAUCCCGAGACAAAGUUACAAUUGCCGUCAAUUUGGGGAAGCCUUUUCGAGGCCAGUAUGAAGAAUUUAUGGUAUGGAUGAAACGGCUGGUUGACAAGAAAAGUGUAAUGCGCGUCGGUAUGGCCGUCGAAAGUGUAUGGAAAACGAUACAAACGCGCAAUGCUGAGAGGAUUAAGGGCGUUGAUUUAGCUGUAAUACGGAAUGAGGAGGACGAAUCCGACGACGAGCUGGGAGGAUGGAACGAUCACCUUUCGGUGGACAAGAUCUUAAAACCCCCAGCUCAAGAAUCGGGGCAACUAUCCUCCGUCGUUUAUCUGGAGCCCGAUGCUCGCCUUUCUGUCUCACAGACCAGCUGCGUCAUUGGUGCCCAGAGUCAUAACAACUCUGAAGCUAUCUCAAAAUUGCGUCCCCACCAAAUUCGACAGGGGAGUCUGAGUUCGGCGAUCAAAUCGCAUCCGAUCCCGAUUCCAAAGUGUUACGCCCAUAAAAUAUGCUUUGGAAACCUGCUGAUAUCUGGCUUUCAGACUAUCCUCGUUUAUCCUUCUGGCCAGACUGGGGCUAUUAGCAUCACAAAGGGCGACCUGAUACGCCUUCAACCUAAUGGCCUUCUCAACGACACUCUCAUCGAGUUUAGUCUCAAGCUCUGGAUGCACCGGCUUGAGCAGGAUGAUGCGAAAUUAGCGAAGGAGAUCCACAUUUUCAGCUCGUUUUUCUACAAGAAAUUAGAACAGCGGGAGCUACAGGAAAGCUACGCUAGUGUUGCUAAAUGGACCGCCAAGUUCGACCUCUUCAAGAAGAAAUACCUUAUUGUUCCUAUAAAUGAAAAUCUUCACUGGUAUCUUGCUAUCAUAUACCACCCAGAAUGUGUCUUGAGGCCAGAACCGCCAUACAUCAAAGCAUCACCUUCGUCUUACAGCGAAUCAAGAAUGCGAAGACCAGAUUCCAGCUUGAAAGCAACAACUAUAUCAGAGAAGUCUACCUUUGAGGAUAUCAAUAUCGGGUCGCACUGGCAGCCACUCUCGCUAUUGGAUGAUCUGGAUGUGGACGAGCCUAUGGAGGUAGAUUUCUCGACCGAACAUGUUGGAAAUCAACAGAGCACCUAUAUUUUUACUCUUGACUCCCUGGGGUCAAAAGCAUUGGCCAAGAAGAAUAUCCCAGAGACUGGGUUAAGCCAGGCAGUAUACAAACAUGCGCUGGUUCCACAGCAGCCCAACUCCUGCGAUUGCGGUCUUUACCUUCUUCAUUUCGUCCAGACCUUCUUCGAGGAUCCCGACAAAUAUGCCAACAUAAUAAGGACCAGGACCAGCGCAUAUCCUGAGGCGGAUCGGCGGGCGGACUGGAAAGUGAAAGGAAUCGCGGACAUGCGCGAAACGCUCAGGUCCAAGAUCAAAGACCUGUCAAUCAAAUGGAAAAGAGAGAGCGUCGUCAAUGAGCUCAAGAAGCAAUGGGACUCUGCGGCCGUUAGCUACUCUUCUGAGAAUGAUAGUGAUGUUAUGGGAACUGCGUCGGUCGAGCCACAUGGGGCGGCGCCUCAUUUUCACACUACUCAAUAA